CGCUCCUCACUUCCCCAGGCCUUGAUGCGCGUGUAAAGGAGCAGUUCAAGGAUCGGAGAGAGGUGCUUUUACAGUUGCUCCUGCUUUUGCGCCGAAUGUCUUAGCUACAAAAACUGCAACGGACGGAAACCGAAAGGAACCUACGAUCAAACAGCUGUUUGUGACCAGAAGGAUUGCUUAUGGACCCAUCGACAAGUUGGAUCGUGGCUGCAGGAUGCUGUUGGGUCUACGUCUUCGCCUAUGGCAUUUUCCGCUCUGCUGCUAUCAUAUACACAGCACUUCUGAACUCGCUCAACAUCACCAGGGAAGAGGCGUCGUGGCCUGUCACGUUGAUGGGCAUCUUCCUCUGCGUCUCAGGUCCUAUAGUGGGAACACUGGGAAGACGUUAUGCGAUCUGGAAGUUGACGGUUUCUGCGUGCCUGGUCGGCGGCCUAGCCGUUUCCGUCUGCUUCUUUGCCAACGGAAUAUGGUUUCUUAUCGUCUUUUUGGGAGUUAUAUAUGGUAUCACCAUCUCUUUUAUCACACUUUCUACCACCGUGAUACGACAGCACUUUACCCGUUACAGAGCUGUCGCUUGUGGAAUAUGCUACGCGGGACUGACCAUUGGAGGACUUAUAUUCCCGCCAUUAUUACAAUACUUGGUUGACGAAUACAACACCAGGGGAAUGCUCCUAAUCGCUGGAGCUCUGAUGUUGAACGCUACUGCAGGGGCACUUCUGCAGAGACUACCUCCAGACACAACCGGAGGACCACCAUCUUUACAAAACAAAGACAGCGCACAUAUUUCUUUGGAUCAGAACAAAGCAAAUCAGGCUACUCUUUUAGAGUGUGCUAGUGGGAAAGGUGCGCAUGUGAAUCUUAUCAUUACAAAAAAGUUGGAUAAGCCAAAAGUCGCCCUCGAGGAAAGCUCAGCAUUAAAGCUGCCUUUAGAGGAAAAGACAUAUUCAGAUGUUAGUGGCAUUCAAGAAUGUGUCAAGGGUGCGAAAAUUGUAAUGACUUCUAGUGAAGAAUGUCUAUCAACGGUAAAACGGUAUCAACACGCAAAAAAGGAACACCAAGGAGAUGGUGACCCGAAAUACACACGAGCUUCGUACUUAGGAUUAAAGAAUGACGAAAGUCCUUUCACUCAAGCGGACUAUCGCAGCAAGAAAUUCAAAAGUCUUUUCUCUGAGGGGGAUGACAUUGAUGAUGCAUAUUACGAGACGCAGGAGCAUGGAGUCCGUCCGAAAAACACAAAAUGUCUUUUCAAGGUUAACAUUCCCUCUUAUUUGAUUUCUCCCAAAUUCUACCUAAUCGCCUCUACGAAUGGCGUAAGCCUUUUCAUUAUGUCCACGUACCUUGCUGUCAUCGUGGACUUUGCGACUGACCGGAAUAUUUCCAAAUGGGACGCCGUCCUUCUGCUUAUGUUCUUCUCAAUGGGAGACAUGGUGGCCAAGCUGGGAUCGGGUUGGAUCACGGACAAAGGAUUCAUCGGAAAGAACUUCAUGACGGCCGUCAACCUUUUAUUCUGUGCAGUGUCGUUGUGUUUGAUGCCUCUUUGCCACUCCUUUUAUCUUCAUGCAUUCCUCGCCAUGGUCGUUGGUUGGUGCAACGGUGCUACUUUGAUUUUGAUUCCGGUGCUCUACAUGGAUCUUGUGGACGCCGAUAGCUUCUGCGAGUGCUUUGGAACAUCUAUCUUCCUCGGUGGGGUUAUGCUUCUUCCAAGGCCUCUACUGGUUGGCUACUUCCGAGACGACUUGGGAGACUACCAGGGAUUGUUUCUUCUCACGGGUGCGGUGACGGCUCUCGUUGCCUUUGCGUGGAUAUUCGAUCGAAGGACGUCCGAGGUAACAGCACCGUCGACGGAUGUACCUUUGCCUAUUGCGCAGCCUUCAGCUUCGAACCGCUUCCCGAGUCAGCAAUCUGUAGCGAAUCAACCCGGCGGAAUAAACGGCUCGUAG